UGCAAUAGCUUCAAUCCUGAGGGCCUGGCUUGACCAAUGCGCAGAAGACUUCCGGGAGCCCCCUCACUUCCCUUGCUUACAGAAGCUUCUGGAUUAUCUCAAACGGGUGAUGCCAGGGUCUGACCCAGAGAGGAGAGCCCAGAAUCUUCUGGAGCAGUUUCAGAAGCAAGAAGUGGAAACAGACAAUGGGCUGCCCAACACUAUCUCCAUCAGCCUGGAAGAGGAAGAGGAACUGGAGGGUGGAGGGCCAGCAGAAUUCACAUGCUUCGCAGAAGACCUCGUGGCAGAGCAGCUGACCUACAUGGAUGCACAACUAUUCAAAAAAGUAGUGCCUCACCACUGCCUGGGCUGCAUUUGGUCUCGAAGGGAUAAAAAAGAAAAUAAACAUUUGGCUCCUACGAUCCGUGCUACCAUCUCUCAGUUCAAUACCCUCACCAAGUGUGUUGUUAGUACCAUUCUGGGAGGAAGAGAACUCAAAACUCAGCAGAGAGCGAAAAUCAUCGAGAAGUGGAUUAACAUUGCUCAUGAAUGUAGGAUCCUGAAGAAUUUUUCCUCCUUGAGGGCCAUCGUUUCUGCACUGCAGUCUAAUUCCAUCUAUCGGUUGAAAAAGACUUGGGCUGCCGUCCCAAAGGACCGAAUGCUGAUGUUUGAAGAACUUUCAGAUAUCUUCUCAGACCAUAAUAACCAUUUGACUAGUCGUGAACUGCUGAUGAAGGAAGGAACCUCAAAAUUUGCAAAUCUGGACAGCAGCGUGAAAGAAAACCAGAAACGAACUCAGAGGCGGCUCCAGCUGCAGAAGGAUAUGGGUGUGAUGCAGGGAACUGUACCCUACCUGGGUACCUUCCUGACUGACCUGACCAUGCUGGACACUGCUCUACAGGACUACAUCGAGGGUGGACUGAUAAACUUCGAGAAAAGGAGAAGGGAAUUUGAAGUGAUUGCCCAAAUAAAGCUCCUACAGUCUGCUUGCAACAGCUACUGUAUGAGCCCAGACCUGAAGUUCAUUCAGUGGUUCCACAGGCAGCAGCUCCUCACAGAGGAGGAGAGCUACGCCCUCUCCUGUGAGAUUGAAGCAACUGCGGAUGCCAGCACCACCUCCCCCAAGCCUCGGAAGAGCAUGGUGAAGAGGCUUAGCCUAUUGUUUCUGGGGUCUGACAUUAUCACUAGUAGCACUCCCACCAAAGAGCAGCCCAAGUCCACAGCCAGUGGGAGCUCCGGGGAAAGCAUGGACUCUGUCAGUGUGUCAUCCUGUGAGUCAAACCACUCAGAAGCUGAGGAGAGCUCUAUUACACCCAUGGACACACCUGAUGAGCCUCAAAAAAAGCUUUCUGAGUCCUCCUCAUCAUGUUCCUCCAUCCAUUCCAUGGACACAAAUUCCUCAGGGAUGUCGUCCUUAAUCAACCCCCUCUCCUCCCCGCCAUCCUGCAACAACAACCCUAAAAUCCACAAGCGCUCCGUCUCCGUGACAUCCAUUACCUCGACAGUGCUGCCCCCUGUUUACAACCAGCAGAACGAAGACACCUGUAUCAUCCGCAUCAGUAUAGAGGACAAUAAUGGCAACAUGUACAAAAGCAUUAUGUUGACAAGCCAAGACAAAACUCCUGCCGUAAUCCAGAGAGCGAUGCUGAAACACAAUCUGGACUCAGACCCAGCUGAGGAGUAUGAGCUGGUGCAGGUCAUCUCAGAGGACAAAGAACUCGUGAUCCCAGACUCAGCAAAUGUCUUUUAUGCCAUGAACAGCCAAGUGAACUUUGACUUCAUUUUACGCAAAAAGAACUCAAUGGAAGAGCAAGUGAAACUGCGUAGCCGGACCAGCUUGACAUUACCCAGGACAGCUAAGCGGGGCUGCUGGAGUAACAGACACAGCAAGAUCACUCUCUGAAGGUGAACCAAUGGCCUCUCGCUUGCCAAAGGCAGAGUGGAGCGGAGAGCAGGCCGCGGUGAUUGCAUCUACCAUCCAGUGUUAGAGGAUCACUGAUGAAGCCAACAGAUAUUUAUUGAGUACUUAGACUAGGCAAAGCACUGUGUGGGGAAAUUGGAAAUGAAUUUGACAUGAAAAGGGUGAACGAUUCCCUGAUUCUCUUUGACCUAUCUGAGACUGACUUACAAAAUUAUCCACAUGUAUAAAUACAUAUGCACACAUAUUUAGAAUGUAUGUGUGUAUAUAGAGGUAUAUAUAAGAGGGACUUUAUGGGAUAUUCUGGACCAUGGAAAAACAAAUUUGCACAAUGGCCUGGGAAGUUGAGGUCACUUUUUUUUUUACAGGGAAAUAGAAGGACUCAAGAACCAAGUCUCAUAACUUCCACGUGAAUUAAAUCAGUCCUAGGAAUACAGGAUGUCUUUGUGCCAGUAUUACAAGAAAUCCAAGUUUAUUUUUGUAAAGGGAGAAGAUUACUUUCUCAAUCAAGUGCCACCAAAUAAGACAACUGCAGAGAUUGGAACAGCCACCGACUGAAUGAAAGGCCACUUUGGAAAGGGUUUGGAUGAGUCAGUGGCUUCCAACCUCUGUCUGCACCUGCCGCUUUCUGUUCCCCAGGGAGGGCCAAGAGGAGCUUCCAAGGCCCCUCUGCCCCAAUGGCUGCCAUCAUGACACCUCUGGAAUCAACACAAGCCUGUAUCGAUUUCUGGCAACCCCACUAUAUUCCUGUUUUCUCUCCAAAAGAACAUAUCAUAAUCAUUAUUGCACAAAUAGCCAUGUUCUUCAGUAACUUACCAGCCAGAAAAGAAUGCACAAGAGAAUGGUUACCCAUUUGGACUCUUUAUCUGUUUUGGAAUUGCCCUUUCUGAUGCCCUUUCUGAUACCCUUCUGCAUGUAAAACUGUAUGUCUGGAGUCUUUUGCCAUCUGGAUCCUAGUACCUCUAUCUUAUGUGCAAUUUGUUCCUCAGGUGUAGAAAUUUCUACUGCAAUCGACUACAUUUGAUCAUUUUGAGCCUGUGAGAGAUUUCUGAACAGUGACCUGUUAAUAGCCCCUUGGAAGAUGCUCCCUGCUGAUAGCAGCAUCAAUUUUACUUGUUAACUUUUAUAGCAUUCCUGUGCCUAGUCAUGGGGAAAGAAAAAGGGCUGCGUGUAUUAGCUCAGUCCCUUCUCAGAGAAGGUCAUCCUUCCAGAUGGAAUCAAUAACAUUCUUUCUUCGGGUCCCCACAUUUGCAAUUCUAUUGUCACUGCUAAGUGACAUUUUUGUCUCUAGUAACACCAUUACACUCUCCCUUACAAAUCUGAGCUAUGCUGGGAUUUGAACUGAAAAGCCAUAUGUUGGAAGUUGAAAUGGGUAAGAAGCACUUUGAUUGUUGUCCUUUUUUUAAGAAACAAAUUCCAGUUUUUAUUCCAAAAAUAAAGAGAAGAAUCUAGACUAUGAAGUACAGAUUGUAACAUGGAGCUUUUUUUUUCUAAUCUUGUAAUACAGCUCCCAAACAUUGUGUUGGGAUUUAUGUUAUGUUAAUAGCCAUAUGAAUUCAGCCAGCGAAAAAAACCAUGAAAAGUUUAGAGAUUUGUGGUGAUGGACCAAAGAAUGAGCCAGGAAGUCAACAAAUUUCCUUGAUCUCUGUAGGAGCCUGGACUGUGCAUUGUCAUGACUGACUAGGUUUCAACUAGUCGAAAAGCACUUUCUUCUGUCUGUGAGCCUCGUUUGAUUUGUGCUUUUGUACAUGUCAGAGAGAUGGCCAGGGUUGCACCCCUCAUGGAGAUUGAAGUAAAUGUAGCCCCAGCCUGACUUUCUUGGUGAGAAAUUAAAAAAAAAAAAAAAAAGUAGACCUAUUCUCCUGGUUUAGGGUAUGGCUACCAAGACAUACAUGGUGUACCUACCUGCUCACCCUGUGUAUUUAUACUGUACAUGUAGAGCCUAGAUUUAUAUACUGCAAUGUAAAAAAAAUAUAUAUAUAUAUUUACCUUUUUUUAAAGACAAUGGAAAUUCCAAGUAGAAAAAACAUGGCCUCAUUUAUUUAAUGCCACUUUAAUUGUCUCAAAUUUGCUUUCUGGUGGACAGCUGAGCAGUGCUUUCAGCUGCUCGCAUGCUUGUCUUUCUGCAUCUCCAUCACCUGUUCACCUUUCAGUUAAACUAAUAAACUGGCUUGGGACUUGGUUGGCAUGUGCUGCCAGAUCCAAAGG